AUGAACAUUGAUCAAAAUGUGCAUGCUUUCGAGGAGCGCUGGAUCGGCAGGGGAACUUAUGGGCAAGUUUUCGAGCUUGUCGGCCAUCAACCACCUGCCGUCAUCAAAUACAUCGACUGUGACACAAAGGAGAAACUCGCGGCGUUUAAAAUCGAAUGGGAGACGAUGAAAGAGUUGAAUCACACGAAUCUGGUGCCACUCAUCGGCACAAAGAUUAUUGAGGGAUUUUCAUUCGGCACUAGAAGAGACAAAUUCGGCAUCAUUAUGGAGUACUGUGAAGGGGGAACGCUGAAGAAUUUACUCCAAGAGAAGAAAAUGAUUUAUUCAAUGCGAACGGUGUUGGAAUGGGCGCAACAACUUUCCGAUGGACUUUCCUAUUUAUUUGAGGAACACAAACUCGUCCACCGGGACAUCAAGCCAGACAACGUUUUUGUCAUGGGCUUCAUGGCGAAUUACACAUUGAAAUUCGGGGAUUUCGGUUUGGUGAAAGUGAUCGAGCAAACCGGUACAGGAUCGUUGGGGCCAACAACGAGAUACACGAGUCCUCCGCAAUUCGACGGAACCAAAGCCAUUUCAGAUCAAAUGAAAGCCGAUCCUGAAAACUCACAUCGAAACGACGUGUACAGCUUGGGGCUCAUCUUGUGGGAGAUCAUCGAGAGACGUAUUGUGUAUUCGGCUUACAAUUAUGAGGCUAUUUACGAUGGGCAGGGUUGCUUCAAUAGGGAUAGCUUUCUGUUUGACAUCAUUCUGAAGAGAUUCACGAAACUCGAGUCACCACAAUGUCAGUCAGACAUUCAGGAACUCGUCGACAGGUGUACAAAUUUCAAUCGUGACCACCGGCCCAACGCCAAGGAGAUUUUUGAGGAAAUCCAGAGGAUAAAAUCGGAAAAUCUCUUUAUCAGCGAGCUCGAUCCUCUGCCUCGAAUCGAAGAAAGCCAAACAAAACUUUUGCGUCCAAUCGGUUUCGAUGGACAAUUUGAGAGAAUUGCUGUGGAAGUUGAUGAGCUCUCCAGCUUUUCAUCCCUUUCUUUUUCCCUUUCUUCGUCCAAUCGUUUCAGCUAUGGGCCAUUCAUCGAAGAACUGACUCAAAAAGACGCAACCUCGGCGUUAUUCGAGGCAAAAAUUGUCCCACUUUUGCUUGAGAAAUUCCUGAGUCUCAGCGAUGAGCAAAAGGAGAAUUUCUAUCAAAACGUUCCAAAAAUUAUUAGCAGAAAUGUCGAUAAAAUUCACAAAUUCCACGAAUGGGAAGAACUCUACGGACGGAUUCAAGGGAAUUGCACAUAUUCAAGCCCGGUGAAGAACUCGGAGAAUAUCGAGGAGCUUUUCGAGUUGAUGAUCAUCAACGACUUCUACUGCCUUGUCGAGUGUCUUUACUCGUUUUUCAAUUUCCUCGAAUCGUCUGUGAAAAUCUCGCUCUCACCUUGGAGUAACUAUCAGGAAAGCGUUAAAGUGUUGGCUAAAUUGGAAGACUUUAAACGAAGUCGGUACACCACGCGAAUCUAUUUUAAGUCCUACUUUUCUGAAGCCACUCACGAGACUUGGUUCUUCAUUGACGAGGUGCAUCAAGAACUUCAAAGAUUUGUUAGAAAAGAUCUUCUAAAUGUGAUGACUUUUGAUGGAUAUCGGCUAAACGUCAGAGAAUGUGAGAUUUUGAUUUCUGGAGCGCGAGGAGCAGCUGGGUACGAGAGGUUGCCCGAACACGACGAACUGCAUCUCACCGGCUUGGAGCCAAUCGAUCUCUUCAAAGUAAUCGAGGCGAUGAAGAAAAUCUCGGAGAAUCUCGUGAAAAUGGGGGAGAUCACAAUGAGUAAACAGGUACCGCUGCAGGGGGCAUUGCAACGAAGUGAGAAGUUAGUGAAUGAAGAUGCAAAGGAUUUACCGAUCCCGGGCUACGGUUUCCAGUUAAGGAGCCCGCCUCGUCGCACUUGUACGCAUGAACCCGAGUGUCCGCUUGAGUCAUUUGAUCCAUUGAAGAGAUCAUAUGAAAAGAUUGGCUGGAAAUUCGCCUCAUACCCGGAAAAAAUGAGACUCACGAUUUAUGACUGUACCACCGACGAAGAACGGGAUUACUUGGAGUACUAUUUCCUUUUUCUUGACGUUUUUCAUCAAUUGCUCGUCAACUCGAGGACUGUUUUCACGUUUUGGCACGAGAAACGAAUGAAAUUUCUCCAGUUUUCCCCGCUCAAAGUUAACUAUUUUCUAUUUAAAAAUUUCGUUUUUAAAACCGACCAAGGGGAUGGAUUAUUGAUUUUGCUUGACUAUCCCUCAAAUUACGAGAGUGGCGAAAAAGUGCCGUGUAUUGCGCUGGAUUUGAAGUUUCGUCGAGUUGAAGCCGAUUUUUUGCAAAAGUAUUUUGAUUCAGAGACAAGCAUAAAUGUCAAUCCUGCCCUGAAAAACACGCUAACGGUGAUAAACGAGAAUUUUGAGGCGAGAAUGUUAGCUUUUACCGGAAAUAGGCUAUCCGAGUGGUUUGAUUUGAAAACUGGGAAAGACUCGAGUUCAUUUCCUGAACAAACUUAUAUCAAAGGUCUGCCAGCUGGGUCAAUGAUCAGUUUGGAGAAAGUUUUCAAG